UAUUAAAGUCGAUCCAUGAGAAACUAAAUUAGAACGUUCCUGGCAAAAUUCCAUAAAUUAAAUUAAUAAUGAUUCGUUUCAUUCUAAUUCAAAACAGAGCAGGAAAGACAAGAUUAGCUAAAUGGUACAUGAAUUUUGAUGAUGACGAAAAACAAAAAUUGAUUGAAGAAGUACAUGCAAUUGUAACAGUUAGAGACGCUAAGCAUACAAACUUUGUCGAGUUUAGAAAUUUUAAGAUUGUAUAUAGGCGCUAUGCUGGUCUUUACUUUUGUAUAUGCGUCGAUGUGAACGAUAAUAACUUAUGCUAUUUAGAGGGAAUACAUAAUUUUGUUGAGGUAUUGAAUGAAUAUUUCCAUAAUGUUUGUGAAUUAGAUUUGGUGUUCAACUUUUAUAAGGUUUAUACAGUUGUAGAUGAGAUGUUUUUGGCAGGAGAAAUUAGAGAAACCAGUCAAACCAAAGUUCUAAAGCAAUUAUUAAUGUUAAAUUCUUUAGAAUAGAUGUAUAAAUUUAAAAAGAGAGAGAAAAAAAAACAACCAAACCAUUGUUUCUGAAGUGAGACUUAUUCCAUGGAUCUAACAAAACUAUAUAAAAGUAUUUAUUUAUAUAAGAUCAAAGUAAAUCAUUACAUUUACGACACCAAUUGUUGUAUCUAAAUAAUUUUUAAAGAUAUAUAUAUGUAUAACUUUUCUUUAAUAAAU